UGUCAUUCGUAUCAAAAUAAACUUGUGUCUUUCCAAAUCCGAAUAGAGAAAAUAGUAAAAUACAUUCCAUGACAAAAAAUAAAUCGCACUAAUCCAACGCAUUUUCCGUUUGAAAUAAAAAAAAAUAAUGGAAAAGGAUAGUGACAGUACAUUGACGUCAUUGGAUGAGAAUACAGAGAAUUUAUGCGAUAAUCCUACACGUGAUAAUUUGGCCGAAGGUAUAGUUAGUUUAUUUCAACCAAUUAUUGAUAAAUUGGAUGAUCGAGUUCGUUCAACAAGACUGGCACAACAAGAUCUAUCAGAGCAAUUGGACAGUUUGAUAGCACAAUUGCGUUCAAUUGAAGAUAUUCAACAUACAUCCCCCGAAUUUGAUACGUACGUUCAUAAGUUGAUAAACGUUAAGCAUAAAGUCACCGUUAUUUACAGUAUACUUCAAGGUGCUCAGGAUCGAUUAAAUAGACUCCACAAGCAAAUCGAGCGUGAAAAAUUCAAACGACGUUCGAUACUUGACAGUGAAUUGAGCAGUCCAGACACUCCAACAACUCCAACGUCAUAAGUUAAUUUAUUUUA